AACAGUUCCAGGUCGGCGGGUGGCGCUGUUGGUCAAUGUGUUUCUACCAGCGCCUCAUUCGAGCUUUAAAGAAGAAGACAUGGCAUCACGACUUGUCAUAAACAGUUCGAGCCUGAUUUAGUUUCGAGAUGGAAAUCAUGGCUGUGAAUCUGUCUGCCACAUCACCGUCCACUUCAACUCUGCCUCCAUCUCCCUGUGUGGAGGACCCUGGUUUCCCUCUCUCGUCUCUGGACAGUGAAGACUAUGUGUUUGUGGAGGCUCGGCAUCCCAACAAAGUGUUGGAAGGCUUGAACAGCUUACGGCUCAAUAAAGCCUUCUGUGACGUGACUCUGUGCUGCGGAGGGCAGGAGUUUCCUUGUCACCGCAUCGUACUGGCCUCUUUCAGCUCUUACUUUCAGGCCAUGUUCUCCACUGACCUGAUGGAGUCACGGCAGGAACGGGUGGCCAUCAACGGUGUGGAGCCGCAGAUGAUCGGCAUGCUGGUGAGCUAUGCCUACACGGCAGAGGUGGUGAUCUCCAAGGCUAAUGUUCAGGCGCUGCUGGCGGCUGCUAAUCUGCUGGACGUGAUGGCCGUACGGGAGGCCUGCUGCAGGUUCAUGGAGCGUCAGAUGGAUGAAAUGAACUGCGUGGGCAUUCACUGUUUUGCCGAGGUACACUCGUGCAGACAGCUGGAGCGACGCAGUAUGGAAUACAUCCAACAGCACUUUAGCACCGUCUGCAAACAGGAGGAGUUUCUUUCUCUUUGUGCCGAUAAACUGACUGAGAUCAUUUCCAGUGACCAUCUGAAUGUGCCAAAAGAGGAGACUGUGUUUGAGGCGUCCAUGCUGUGGCUGGAGAAGAACUCUUCAUGCAGACAGAGCUUUGAAAAGGUUCUCGAGCACAUCAGGUUGCCUCUCAUCAGUCCAUACUACAUCCAUGAUGUCAUCGAGACUCUGGAUGUGGUGAAGGAAUCGCUCAAGUGCCAGAAACUCAUCUCUGAAGCCAAGGAUUAUUUACUGCUGCAGGACCGCCGAGGAGAGCUAUACAGCCCCCGAGCACGACCCCGACGCUCAACAGGCACAGCGGAGGUGAUCGUGACGGUCGGUGGAGAGGAUGAUAAGGUUGUGUUACGCAGUGUGGAGAGUUUUGAUCCUCUCACCAGCCAGUGGAAGAGUCUGGCCUGCCUGCCCUUCGCUGUCAGCAAGCACGGCUUAGUCGUGUCAGGCUCUGUGCUGUAUUUAGCUGGAGGAGAGUUUCCAGACGGUUCUGCCAGCAGAGAGAUGUGGCGGUAUGACCCGUGUUUUGACUCCUGGUUAGAGAUGGCACCCAUGAACGUGGCUCGGUCAGAAUUGGGGUUGGUGAUGUUAGAUGGAUAUGUGUUUGCUGUGGGCGGCUGGGAGGGUCGUUCUCGUCUCGAUUCAGUUGAGUGUUAUGAUCCUCACACAAACACGUGGCAGUUUAUGGAAUCGGUCAAGAUGGCAGUCACCAGUCCAGCUGUGGUGGCGCUCGAUGGCUUACUUUAUGUGACAGGGGGUGCCGUUUUAGAAGAUGGUGAUGGCACAGAUCUAGCACAAGUGUACAACCCUAAAAUGUGUGUGUGGACAGAGGUGGCACCCAUGCAGAUUGCUCGCUCUGGAUCUGCAGCCUGUACCUUGAAGGGCAAGAUUUACGUCAUAGGCGGCUGGCAUGCUUCCACUGAAAACACGGAUAAGGUUGAGUGCUAUGACCCAAAGACCAACAAGUGGACCAUGUGUGCUCCCAUGAAGGAGAGACGCUACCGACCCGGAGUGGCCGUGGUGGAUGGAAAGAUUUACGUUUUAGGAGGCGAAGAGGGAUGGGAUAGGUAUCAUGACACUAUAGAGCGGUACUGUGAGGAAUCAGACAGCUGGGAGAUUGUCGGUGAGAUGCCCACCAGUCGCAGCUGGCUCAGCUGUGUGUCACUGCAGCUGAGGAAGGACACUCACGCGGGCAGCCGUCCUGGCACGGCAUCCGAGACCGAGUUUCCUGUGGACUGAGAGUAUCCGGGCACCACCUGCAUUGUAACCGGAUGGGACAGAAGGCCGGGGGGAAGCUUUCAGGUGCCCGGCUGGAUGCCGUUUAGUAAAGGCAGUGGUCCGACCCUGUCACUGAAGGGUCUUAAGAAAAAACCCUGUGUCAUACGCUGUUCUUCAGUCCGUCCUACAGCUGUAGUGUGAGACUGGACGGAAUGCUUGAUCUGUGGUCAUUGUGUGUGUGUCAGCAGUACGUGGCGGCGUGUACACAGUAUCAGUGUAAUGUGAUGUUAAAGUGGCCUGCAGGGUUUCAUGCGCUGAGAAUCAUGAUUGUGAAUGUUGUUUCCUGAAAGUGUUGUAGUGAAUAAUUUUGUACUUUUUGUAUGGUAUUUUCUUUUUGUAUUUAUUAGAUGUUUUUUGUUGUGCAUAGAGAUUUGUGAUGCAACUCACACACAAAAAACCCCAGAGAUUUGUUGACCGCUAUUCUUUAAAACACUAUGUAACAGGUGUAACAUCGCCUUAAGAUCACAUUAGAAUAAACAAAGCUGUCUACACUGGA